AUGACUAGUCUGGAAUUCCUCGAUCUCUCUGGAGAUGACAUUAGUUCCUCCGUUCCUCGUUUCUUGGCCAAUUUUUCUUCCUUGAGGCAUAUCAAACUCAGAGAUUGUCAGCUUCGAGAUGAAUUUCCAUCAGCAGUAUUUCACCUACCGAAGUUGAAACAUCUUAGCAUGGGAAACAAUUCCAACCUCACUGGUUUCUUACCUGAAUUUCAUAACACCUCGUUACUUGAGAAGCUAUAUCUGUUUUCAACUGGUUUUGCUGGGAUUAUACCGGAAUCCAUAAGCAAUCUUAACCAUCUGAAAGUCUUGUCCCUUCAAAGUUGUCAUUUCUCAGGGCAUAUUCCAGGUUCACUCCCUAACUUGACACAGCUAACUUACUUGGGUCUUUCUAAAAAUGAGUUAGCCGGAUUAGUCCCUUCGUUGGUAAGUCUUUCGAAACUCACUAUUUUGGAUCUUGCUUAUAACAAGUUUGAGAAAGGAAGCAUGUACGGUUGGAUAAACAAACUUACUAAUCUAAAUGAACUGUAUCUAGAUAGUUACAACAAAUUUAAUGGCACAGUGGGACUCGACUCGUUUUCAGGACUCAACAAACUCGAAACUUUGAGUAUAGAUCAAAAUAGCUUGUCAUUUGUAACCACCAGCAACUACACCAAUGCCACCCUACCAGAACUGUUAGUUCUAGGAUUGUCAUCAUGCAACUUGAAGGAAUUCCCAGCCUUUUUGCGCUUCCAAACGAAAAUGGAAGCCUUAGCUCUUAGGUACAAUGAAAUUGAAGGCCUGGUACCAACCUGGAUUUGGAAUAACAGCCAAGAAACAUUACAAAUGAUUGAUCUGGCAAACAACUUCAUCACUGGCUUUGAUCAGCAUCCCCAGUUUCUCCCAUGGGUUUGUUUGGAAUUCUUUGACAUGUCAUAUAAUAAGCUACAAGGGAGGCUUCCAAUGUCUCCACAGACCAUAGUUGCUUAUGAUGUCUCAAACAAUUAUUUGAAUGGAGAAAUACCACCAUGGAUAUGUGAACUAAAAUUCCUUCAAUUCCUAGAUUUAUCUUCUAACCAGAUGACCAGAACCCUUCCUUCUUGUUUUGGCAACUUGUACAAUUCGCUGUCGGUUUUAGAUCUGAAACAAUAUAGUUUUCAUGGGCCAAUGAUGAAUACAUGUACGCAAGGAAGCCCUUUGAAGAAGAUUGAUUUGAGUAAAAAUCAAUUUAGUGGUCAGGUGUCAAAAUCUUUGGCUGAUUGUAUCAAAUUAGAGUUUCUCUCUCUUGCAGCCAAUUCUUUUGAAGAUGUUUUUCCGCUUUGGUUGGGAACUCUUCCCAACCUACAAGUGCUCAUUUUGAGGUCCAAUAAAUUUUAUGGUGCAAUUCAAGGUCUCUCGAGUAUUAGCCCGCUGUUUCUCAAGCUACGGAUCAUAGACAUUUCCAAUAACGGCUUUGGUGGUGAAUUGCCUCACAAGUCAUUCCAAACUUGGAAUGCAAUGAAAUCUGUUUACCAGGGCAGAUCAGCUGCUAUGGGAUCCGUCAUUCCCUUCACUUCGUUUGGGACUUUUCCGUUUACAUACUCGAUGACGUUAACAACCAAAGGUGUCAAGUUAGAGUACAAGAAAAUUCUGAACAUCUUCGUAGCCAUCGAUCUCUCAUGUAACAACUUUGAAGGGCAAAUCCCACAAUCACUCCAAGAUCUUCAAGGACUCGAAUCUCUUAAUCUUUCCAACAACCAUUUUACCGGUCAUAUCUUGCCGUCUUUUGGAAACCUAAAAUACCUUGAAUCUUUGGAUCUUUUCCAAAAUGAGCUAUCAGGAAAAAUCCCUCAACAAUUGUUGCAACUUGGUUUCCUUUCUAUUCUGAAUGUGUCCUUCAACCACCUUGAUGGGCACAUACCACAAGGGAAACAAUUCAACACAUUCGAGAGCAAUUCCUACUUGGGUAAUCCCGGAUUGUGUGGAAAACCAUUGUCUAAGGAAUGUGGAAAGUUCAAGGUAUUACUUCCCCCGACAAGUAGCAAUGAGUAUGAGUCUCUCAUGCCUAGUGACAUAAUUGAUUGGAUGUUGAUACUAUUGGGAGUUGGAAGUGGUUUGAUAAUUGGAAUUGUUGUUGGAAACCUUCUUUAUGCAAGAAAGUUUAGAAGAGAGAGAAAGAGAGACAGUAGAGAGAGAGGAUGCAGAGGUGGAUAUGUUGGUGGUGUCGGUGGUGUCGGUGGUGCCGGUGGUCUUUGUUUCAUCCCAAGUGUCUCCGGUGUUGCCGGCGGUGCCACGAUAACAUCAAUGAUGACAAGUACCAACUUAUCUGAAACAUAUAUGAGUCGUGAUUUUGGUUGA